AUGCUAAAAAUUUCCUUCUCCGUCUCUGGGUGUGCGUUACGCUGUACAGCACAGGAUCAACAAAGCCAUGUCAAUGGACAGCAAAAGAAGAAGAUAAUUGUAGUUGGUUCCGGUUGGGCUGGCCUAGGCGCUGCCCACCACCUCUGCAAACAGGGCUUUGACGUCACAGUCCUUGAAGGUGGUUAUGGAAUUGAAUCCAAUAAAAUGUCGCUUAGUCCCGAUGAAAUCGGUAUCCGCGAGGCAGGUUUAUUUCUUCAGGUUGAAUUUCCAAUAUUCCAAGAUUUACCUCAGUUGCCUACUCUGUUUGGGACUCUCUUCUAUACUCAGUUUUUUCGAAUGUCCUUGGUGGAUCGGCUAACAUCACUUCCCCUAAUGGCUGCUGUAGUUGACUUUGACAACACUGAUACUGCCUGGAGAAAAUGGGAUCCAAUUAAAGAAAAGAUUUUUGAGCCAUGGAUGGAUUCCAUGAGAAACCAAGGUUGUAAAUUUCUGGAGGGUAGAAAAGUUACAGAAUUCUUAUUGAAUGAAGAAACAGGAUGCAUUUCAGAACUAGCUUGUGACAAAGAGAGUUUAAAAGCUGAUGCUGUAAUAUUAGCUGUUGGGAUAUCCUCAUUGCAGGAAAUUAUAGAGAACAGCACAGCAUUAUGUACACGGGAGGAGUUUCAAAAAGUUUUGAACACAUCUAGCAUCGAUCUACUCAGCACUAAGCUGUGGCUUGAUAGGAAGGUUAACAUUCCAAAUGCAAGUGGGUGGGCAUUUUUUGACUUGAACAUGAUUUACGAUGAACAUAAAGAUGAUCCAGAAACAGUCUAUCAUGCCAACGAGUUGUUACCACUAAAAGAUGAGCAAGUAGUGGCAAAAGUUCUCUCUCGCCUUUCAAAGUGCAUUAAGGACUUUGAUAAUGCCUCAGUGAUUGAUAAAGAGAUUGAAAGAUUUCCAAAAUCCUUGACUCAUUUCUUUCCAGGCUCAUACAAGUACAUGAUGCGUGGAUCAACAUCUUUCCCAAAUUUGUUCAUGGCUGGAGACUGGGUGAUAAAUCGACAUGGUUCAUGGUCACAGGAGAAAUCAUAUGUGGUGGGACUUGAGGCUGCAAAUAGGGUGGUGGACUAUCUGGGAGAAGGAACCUUUGCCAAAAUAAUACCGGUAGAGGAAGAUGAGCCUCACAUUCAAGCACUACGCAGCCUCAACAGGAACCUUAAUGAGAUAAGCGCCCAACUUCCAUGGUCUGAUUAUUUUCUCCAGUGA